AUGGCGGCGCCGCUUCCGAAGUGCCUCACGUUCUGGCAGCUCAUCCCGCUAGGAGUGGGGUCGACCAUAGGCGCGGGAGUGUACGUUCUCAUUGGCACAGUGGCGCGGGAGAAGGCCGGACCGGCGCUGCCCCUCUCCUUCCUCAUAGCAGGCGUGGCGGCGGGCUUGGCUGCUCUCUGCUACGCUGAGCUCGCCAGUCGCUGCCCGUCCGCUGGGAGUGCCUAUCACUAUGCGUACACGACUGUUGGGGAAGUGGUGGCAUGGCUCAUCGGCUGGGCGCUCAUUCUAGAGUAUACCGUGGGUGGGGCAGCAGUGGCUCGAGGCAUUUCACCAAAUCUGGCAACGGCGUUCGGAGGGCCAGACAGCCUACCGUUCAUCCUGGCUCGUCUGCCCGUCCCAGGCACAAGUGUGGUCCUGGAUCCGUGUGCUGCCCUCAUGGUGGCUGCGGUGACAGCACUGCUGUCUGCUGGCAUUAAAGAGAGCGCCAAUUUCCAGAUGGGGAUGACAGUAGCGAAUGCGAUAAUACUGCUGUUUGUCGCGGUGGCGGGGGCAUGGAUAGGGUUUACCCAUGGAUGGCCGGGGUACAAGGAGUCUCCAAGCUAUCUACCAUUCGGUGUGUCUGGAUUGCUGGGAGGAGCAGCGAUGGCCUUUUUCUCGUACAUUGGAUUCGAUACGGUUGCAAGCACAGCAGAAGAGGUGAAGCACCCUCAGCGCGACCUGCCUUUGGGGAUAGGCCUGUCCCUUACCUGCUGUGGCGCUCUCUACAUGGUGAUAGCAGCGGUGCUGGUGGGGUUGACUCCGUUUGACCGCAUUGACCCGGACACACCCAUGGCUCAGGCGUUUGAUACCUACCAUUUGGAUUGGGCCAAGUACCUUGUGACAGGGGGUGCGCUCGCAGCUCUCUCCACCACUCUCCUCGGAUCCCUGCUGCCCCAGCCGCGCAUACUCAUGGUCAUGGCUCGCGACGGCCUCCUCCCAGCCUGGUUCAGCCGCAUCGACAAGGCCACGGGCGUUCCGCAGAACGCGACAGCUGUCACCGGGCUAUUGGCCGCCGCCAUGGCGUUUGUGCUUGAUAUCGGGCAGCUGUCAGGCAUGGUCAGUGUGGGCACCCUUCUCGCAUUCACCACUCUUUACCACCCCACAUCCUCCUCCUCCCGCCCCCUACCAGCCUAUACCUUCUCUCCCCCCACUCGACCCCAGUAUAUAACAUCCUCCCUUCCAACUGCCGCCGCAGGGGUGGGUUUUUUUGUCUCUUCCCCGCUCCCGGUCGGCCAAUCCAGUGUGUUCAAGCACAUGGGCUUGCCUGACAGCCUGGGCACAUCUCCGGCCGUUGAAAUCCGAUCCAACGGCCAGCUGCAGUCCGUGUUUUCCCUCACGCCCAACUCGUUUCAAGCACCACUGCUGGCUCGAUUGCUUGAAGAGAGGGCGGAAGAGGGGGAGGGGGAGGAGGGAGGGGAUGAGGAGGAGAGGGAGGACGGAAGAGGGGAGGAGGAGGAGGAGAGUGAGGAAGAGGGAGGGGAUGAGGAAGGGGAGGAGGUGGGAGGGGAAGAGCGAGAAGAGGAGAAGCAGCACCAAACAGCAAACCUUUCCACCGAAUACAAUGCCACAGUACCGAGGGGAAUGGGUGAUGAAGCUGCCGUUGACAUUGCCACUGGGGGCAACACUCCAGGAGCCAGGAAACAGGAUUCUGCUCUCCCCACUGCUGUCACACCUGCUACAAUCACUGCUACAGCCACACCUGCUGUGACAGCCAUCGUUGCCGUCUCCCUGGGUGCCCCUCUGCUUGGCGCUGCUGCUGCUGUGGCUUCGUCUUCCGCUGACCUUUCAGACAGCGCAAGAGGCCAGCUGCCACUACUGCUAAAUUCUCUCCCUUGCCAACUGUCCCAUGUCUCCUCUCCCUCACCCCCUCUCCCUGUCACCUACCCUCCUCCCUGUCACCUACCCUCCUCCCUGUCACCUACCCUCCUCCCUGUCACCUACCCUCCUCCCUGUCACCUACCCUCCUCCCUGUCACCUACCCUCCUCCCUGUCACCUACCCUCCUCCCUGUCACCUACCCUCCUCCCUGUCACCUACCCUCCUCCCUGUCACCUACCCUCCUCCCUGUCACCUACCCUCCUCCCUGUCACCUACCCUCCUCCCUGUCACCUACCCUCCUCCCUGUCACCUACCCUCCUCCCUGUCACCUACCCUCCUCCCUGUCACCUACCCUCCUCCCUGUCACCUACCCUCCUCCCUGUCACCUACCCUCCUCCCUGUCACCUACCCUCCUCCCUGUCACCUACCCUCCUCCCUGUCACCUACCCUCCUCCCUGUCACCUACCCUCCUCCCUGUCACCUACCCUCCUCCCUGUCACCUACCCUCCUCCCUGUCACCUACCCUCCUCCCUGUCACCUACCCUCCUCCCUGUCACCUACCCUCCUCCCUGUCACCUACCCUCCUCCCUGUCACCUACCCUCCUCCCUGUCACCUACCCUCCUCCCUGUCACCUACCCUCCUCCCUGUCACCUACCCUCCUCCCUGUCACCUACCCUCCUCCCUGUCACCUACCCUCCUCCCUGUCACCUACCCUCCUCCCUGUCACCUACCCUCCUCCCUGUCACCUACCCUCCUCCCUGUCACCUACCCUCCUCCCUGUCACCUACCCUCCUCCCUGUCACCUACCCUCCUCCCUGUCACCUACCCUCCUCCCUGUCACCUACCCUCCUCCCUGUCACCUACCCUCCUCCCUGUCACCUACCCUCCUCCCUGUCACCUACCCUCCUCCCUGUCACCUACCCUCCUCCCUGUCACCUACCCUCCUCCCUGUCACCUACCCUCCUCCCUGUCACCUACCCUCCUCCCUGUCACCUACCCUCCUCCCUGUCACCUACCCUCCUCCCUGUCACCUACCCUCCUCCCUGUCACCUACCCUCCUCCCUGUCACCUACCCUCCUCCCUGUCACCUACCCUCCUCCCUGUCACCUACCCUCCUCCCUGUCACCUACCCUCCUCCCUGUCACCUACCCUCCUCCCUGUCACCUACCCUCCUCCCUGUCACCUACCCUCCUCCCUGUCACCUACCCUCCUCCCUGUCACCUACCCUCCUCCCUGUCACCUACCCUCCUCCCUGUCACCUACCCUCCUCCCUGUCACCUACCCUCCUCCCUGUCACCUACCCUCCUCCCUGUCACCUACCCUCCUCCCUGUCACCUACCCUCCUCCCUGUCACCUACCCUCCUCCCUGUCACCUACCCUCCUCCCUGUCACCUACCCUCCUCCCUGUCACCUACCCUCCUCCCUGUCACCUACCCUCCUCCCUGUCACCUACCCUCCUCCUGUCACCUACCCUCCUCCCUGUCACCUACCCUCCUCCCUGUCACCUACCCUCCUCCCUGUCACCUACCCUCCUCCCUGUCACCUACCCUCCUCCCUGUCACCUACCCUCCUCCCUGUCACCUACCCUCCUCCCUGUCACCUACCCUCCUCCCUGUCACCUACCCUCCUCCCUGUCACCUACCCUCCUCCCUGUCACCUACCCUCCUCCCUGUCACCUACCCUCCUCCCUGUCACCUACCCUCCUCCCUGUCACCUACCCUCCUCCCUGUCACCUACCCUCCUCCCUGUCACCUACCCUCCUCCCUGUCACCUACCCUCCUCCCUGUCACCUACCCUCCUCCCUGUCACCUACCCUCCUCCCUGUCACCUACCCUCCUCCCUGUCACCUACCCUCCUCCCUGUCACCUACCCUCCUCCCUGUCACCUACCCUCCUCCCUGUCACCUACCCUCCUCCCUGUCACCUACCCUCCUCCCUGUCACCUACCCUCCUCCCUGUCACCUACCCUCCUCCCUGUCACCUACCCUCCUCCCUGUCACCUACCCUCCUCCCUGUCACCUACCCUCCUCCCUGUCACCUACCCUCCUCCCUGUCACCUACCCUCCUCCCUGUCACCUACCCUCCUCCCUGUCACCUACCCUCCUCCCUGUCACCUACCCUCCUCCCUGUCACCUACCCUCCUCCCUGUCACCUACCCUCCUCCCUGUCACCUACCCUCCUCCCUGUCACCUACCCUCCUCCCUGUCACCUACCCUCCUCCCUGUCACCUACCCUCCUCCCUGUCACCUACCCUCCUCCCUGUCACCUACCCUCCUCCUGUCACCUACCCUCCUCCCUGUCACCUACCCUCCUCCCUGUCACCUACCCUCCUCCCUGUCACCUACCCUCCUCCCUGUCACCUACCCUCCUCCCUGUCACCUACCCUCACCCUCCUCCCUGUCACCUACCCUCCCUCCCUGUCACCUACCCUCCUCCCUGUCACCUACCCUCCUCCCUGUCACCUACCCUCCUCCCUGUCACCUACCCUCCUCCCUGUCACCUACCCUCCUCCCUGUCACCUACCCUCCUCCUGUCACCUACCCUCCUCCCUGUCACCUACCCUCCUCCCUGUCACCUACCCUCCUCCCUGUCACCUACCCUCCUCCCUGUCACCUACCCUCCUCCCUUCCCUGUCACCUACCCUCCUCCCUGUCACCUACCCUCCUCCCUGUCACCUACCCUCCUCCCUGUCACCUACCCUCCUCCCUGUCACCUACCCUCCUCCCUGUCACCUACCCUCCUCCCUGUCACCUACCCUCCUCCCUGUCACCUACCCUCCUCCCUGUCACCUACCCUCCUCCCUGUCACCUACCCUCCUCCCUGUCACCUACCCUCCUCCCUGUCACCUACCCUCCUCCCUGUCACCUACCCUCCUCCCUGUCACCUACCCUCCUCCCUGUCACCUACCCUCCUCCCUGUCACCUACCCUCCUCCCUGUCACCUACCCUCCUCCCUGUCACCUACCCUCCUCCCUGUCACCUACCCUCCUCCCUGUCACCUACCCUCCUCCCUGUCACCUACCCUCCUCCCUGUCACCUACCCUCCUCCCUGUCACCUACCCUCCUCCCUGUCACCUACCCUCCUCCCUGUCACCUACCCUCCUCCCUGUCACCUACCCUCCUCCCUGUCACCUACCCUCCUCCCUGUCACCUACCCUCCUCCCUGUCACCUACCCUCCUCCCUGUCACCUACCCUCCUCCCUGUCACCUACCCUCCUCCCUGUCACCUACCCUCCUCCCUGUCACCUACCCUCCUCCCUGUCACCUACCCUCCUCCCUGUCACCUACCCUCCUCCCUGUCACCUACCCUCCUCCCUGUCACCUACCCUCCUCCCUGUCACCUACCCUCCUCCCUGUCACCUACCCUCCUCCCUGUCACCUACCCUCCUCCCUGUCACCUACCCUCCUCCCUGUCACCUACCCUCCUCCCUGUCACCUACCCUCCUCCCUGUCACCUACCCUCCUCCCUGUCACCUACCCUCCUCCCUGUCACCUACCCUCCUCCCUGUCACCUACCCUCCUCCCUGUCACCUACCCUCCUCCCUGUCACCUACCCUCCUCCCUGUCACCUACCCUCCUCCCUGUCACCUACCCUCCUCCCUGUCACCUACCCUCCUCCCUGUCACCUACCCUCCUCCCUGUCACCUACCCUCCUCCCUGUCACCUACCCUCCUCCCUGUCACCUACCCUCCUCCCUGUCACCUACCCUCCUCCCUGUCACCUACCCUCCUCCCUGUCACCUACCCUCCUCCCUGUCACCUACCCUCCUCCCUGUCACCUACCCUCCUCCCUGUCACCUACCCUCCUCCCUGUCACCUACCCUCCUCCCUGUCACCUACCCUCCUCCCUGUCACCUACCCUCCUCCCUGUCACCUACCCUCCUCCCUGUCACCUACCCUCCUCCCUGUCACCUACCCUCCUCCCUGUCACCUACCCUCCUCCCUGUCACCUACCCUCCUCCCUGUCACCUACCCUCCUCCCUGUCACCUACCCUCCUCCCUGUCACCUACCCUCCUCCCUGUCACCUACCCUCCUCCCUGUCACCUACCCUCCUCCCUGUCACCUACCCUCCUCCCUGUCACCUACCCUCCUCCCUGUCACCUACCCUCCUCCCUGUCACCUACCCUCCUCCCUGUCACCUACCCUCCUCCCUGUCACCUACCCUCCUCCCUGUCACCUACCCUCCUCCCUGUCACCUACCCUCCUCCCUGUCACCUACCCUCCUCCCUGUCACCUACCCUCCUCCCUGUCACCUACCCUCCUCCCUGUCACCUACCCUCCUCCCUGUCACCUACCCUCCUCCCUGUCACCUACCCUCCUCCCUGUCACCUACCCUCCUCCCUGUCACCUACCCUCCUCCCUGUCACCUACCCUCCUCCCUGUCACCUACCCUCCUCCCUGUCACCUACCCUCCUCCCUGUCACCUACCCUCCUCCCUGUCACCUACCCUCCUCCCUGUCACCUACCCUCCUCCCUGUCACCUACCCUCCUCCCUGUCACCUACCCUCCUCCCUGUCACCUACCCUCCUCCCUGUCACCUACCCUCCUCCCUGUCACCUACCCUCCUCCCUGUCACCUACCCUCCUCCCUGUCACCUACCCUCCUCCCUGUCACCUACCCUCCUCCCUGUCACCUACCCUCCUCCCUGUCACCUACCCUCCUCCCUGUCACCUACCCUCCUCCCUGUCACCUACCCUCCUCCCUGUCACCUACCCUCCUCCCUGUCACCUACCCUCCUCCCUGUCACCUACCCUCCUCCCUGUCACCUACCCUCCUCCCUGUCACCUACCCUCCUCCCUGUCACCUACCCUCCUCCCUGUCACCUACCCUCCUCCCUGUCACCUACCCUCCUCCCUGUCACCUACCCUCCUCCCUGUCACCUACCCUCCUCCCUGUCACCUACCCUCCUCCCUGUCACCUACCCUCCUCCCUGUCACCUACCCUCCUCCCUGUCACCUACCCUCCUCCCUGUCACCUACCCUCCUCCCUGUCACCUACCCUCCUCCCUGUCACCUACCCUCCUCCCUGUCACCUACCCUCCUCCCUGUCACCUACCCUCCUCCCUGUCACCUACCCUCCUCCCUGUCACCUACCCUCCUCCCUGUCACCUACCCUCCUCCCUGUCACCUACCCUCCUCCCUGUCACCUACCCUCCUCCCUGUCACCUACCCUCCUCCCUGUCACCUACCCUCCUCCCUGUCACCUACCCUCCUCCCUGUCACCUACCCUCCUCCCUGUCACCUACCCUCCUCCCUGUCACCUACCCUCCUCCCUGUCACCUACCCUCCUCCCUGUCACCUACCCUCCUCCCUGUCACCUACCCUCCUCCCUGUCACCUACCCUCCUCCCUGUCACCUACCCUCCUCCCUGUCACCUACCCUCCUCCCUGUCACCUACCCUCCUCCCUGUCACCUACCCUCCUCCCUGUCACCUACCCUCCUCCCUGUCACCUACCCUCCUCCCUGUCACCUACCCUCCUCCCUGUCACCUACCCUCCUCCCUGUCACCUACCCUCCUCCCUGUCACCUACCCUCCUCCCUGUCACCUACCCUCCUCCCUGUCACCUACCCUCCUCCCUGUCACCUACCCUCCUCCCUGUCACCUACCCUCCUCCCUGUCACCUACCCUCCUCCCUGUCACCUACCCUCCUCCCUGUCACCUACCCUCCUCCCUGUCACCUACCCUCCUCCCUGUCACCUACCCUCCUCCCUGUCACCUACCCUCCUCCCUGUCACCUACCCUCCUCCCUGUCACCUACCCUCCUCCCUGUCACCUACCCUCCUCCCUGUCACCUACCCUCCUCCCUGUCACCUACCCUCCUCCCUGUCACCUACCCUCCUCCCUGUCACCUACCCUCCUCCCUGUCACCUACCCUCCUCCCUGUCACCUACCCUCCUCCCUGUCACCUACCCUCCUCCCUGUCACCUACCCUCCUCCCUGUCACCUACCCUCCUCCCUGUCACCUACCCUCCUCCCUGUCACCUACCCUCCUCCCUGUCACCUACCCUCCUCCCUGUCACCUACCCUCCUCCCUGUCACCUACCCUCCUCCCUGUCACCUACCCUCCUCCCUGUCACCUACCCUCCUCCCUGUCACCUACCCUCCUCCCUGUCACCUACCCUCCUCCCUGUCACCUACCCUCCUCCCUGUCACCUACCCUCCUCCCUGUCACCUACCCUCCUCCCUGUCACCUACCCUCCUCCCUGUCACCUACCCUCCUCCCUGUCACCUACCCUCCUCCCUGUCACCUACCCUCCUCCCUGUCACCUACCCUCCUCCCUGUCACCUACCCUCCUCCCUGUCACCUACCCUCCUCCCUGUCACCUACCCUCCUCCCUGUCACCUACCCUCCUCCCUGUCACCUACCCUCCUCCCUGUCACCUACCCUCCUCCCUGUCACCUACCCUCCUCCCUGUCACCUACCCUCCUCCCUGUCACCUACCCUCCUCCCUGUCACCUACCCUCCUCCCUGUCACCUACCCUCCUCCCUGUCACCUACCCUCCUCCCUGUCACCUACCCUCCUCCCUGUCACCUACCCUCCUCCCUGUCACCUACCCUCCUCCCUGUCACCUACCCUCCUCCCUGUCACCUACCCUCCUCCCUGUCACCUACCCUCCUCCCUGUCACCUACCCUCCUCCCUGUCACCUACCCUCCUCCCUGUCACCUACCCUCCUCCCUGUCACCUACCCUCCUCCCUGUCACCUACCCUCCUCCCUGUCACCUACCCUCCUCCCUGUCACCUACCCUCCUCCCUGUCACCUACCCUCCUCCCUGUCACCUACCCUCCUCCCUGUCACCUACCCUCCUCCCUGUCACCUACCCUCCUCCCUGUCACCUACCCUCCUCCCUGUCACCUACCCUCCUCCCUGUCACCUACCCUCCUCCCUGUCACCUACCCUCCUCCCUGUCACCUACCCUCCUCCCUGUCACCUACCCUCCUCCCUGUCACCUACCCUCCUCCCUGUCACCUACCCUCCUCCCUGUCACCUACCCUCCUCCCUGUCACCUACCCUCCUCCCUGUCACCUACCCUCCUCCCUGUCACCUACCCUCCUCCCUGUCACCUACCCUCCUCCCUGUCACCUACCCUCCUCCCUGUCACCUACCCUCCUCCCUGUCACCUACCCUCCUCCCUGUCACCUACCCUCCUCCCUGUCACCUACCCUCCUCCCUGUCACCUACCCUCCUCCCUGUCACCUACCCUCCUCCCUGUCACCUACCCUCCUCCCUGUCACCUACCCUCCUCCCUGUCACCUACCCUCCUCCCUGUCACCUACCCUCCUCCCUGUCACCUACCCUCCUCCCUGUCACCUACCCUCCUCCCUGUCACCUACCCUCCUCCCUGUCACCUACCCUCCUCCCUGUCACCUACCCUCCUCCCUGUCACCUACCCUCCUCCCUGUCACCUACCCUCCUCCCUGUCACCUACCCUCCUCCCUGUCACCUACCCUCCUCCCUGUCACCUACCCUCCUCCCUGUCACCUACCCUCCUCCCUGUCACCUACCCUCCUCCCUGUCACCUACCCUCCUCCCUGUCACCUACCCUCCUCCCUGUCACCUACCCUCCUCCCUGUCACCUACCCUCCUCCCUGUCACCUACCCUCCUCCCUGUCACCUACCCUCCUCCCUGUCACCUACCCUCCUCCCUGUCACCUACCCUCCUCCCUGUCACCUACCCUCCUCCCUGUCACCUACCCUCCUCCCUGUCACCUACCCUCCUCCCUGUCACCUACCCUCCUCCCUGUCACCUACCCUCCUCCCUGUCACCUACCCUCCUCCCUGUCACCUACCCUCCUCCCUGUCACCUACCCUCCUCCCUGUCACCUACCCUCCUCCCUGUCACCUACCCUCCUCCCUGUCACCUACCCUCCUCCCUGUCACCUACCCUCCUCCCUGUCACCUACCCUCCUCCCUGUCACCUACCCUCCUCCCUGUCACCUACCCUCCUCCCUGUCACCUACCCUCUCUCCUGUCCCCCAUCCUCUCCUCUCUCUUCUUUCUUCUGUUCCUUCUCCCGUCCCCCUCCCACCAGUUGGCUUCCUCUCCUACUAUUCUGUCUGGGCGGUGCACUGUUCCUCGGGGGGGCAGCAACUUUUGGAUGUAUCAAUGA